AUGUCGUUCUCCUCGCUCGUCUCAGACAUCGCAUACCGGAACAAUUCGGAGCGGCCAGAGCGACCGGACCUGCGCUCUCAAAUAUCGGAAGCGCGUUCCACCCGAUCCUACGCCAGCACUGCCGCGACGAGCGUGAGCAUAUCCGGAGAUAUCAAGAGCCAAUUGCAUGGAGGAUACAGCCACCCUCUGUCGCGAGCAUGGCAAGCCGAGCGACAGCUCACAAAGUCGAUGCUCAUCUACCCCCUCUUCAUUUCCGACCAGCCUGACGAAGAGAUACUUAUUCCCUCCCUACCGAACAUCCACCGCCGAGGCCUGAACAAGGUCGUGCCAUACCUCACCCCGCUCGUCGCAAAGGGCCUCAAGUCCGUCAUACUGUUCGGAGUCCCACUCGCACCCUCAGCGAAAGACGCCUUGGGCACCAACGCAGACGACCCCAAGGGCCCCGUCAUCAAGGCCAUCCGCCUGCUGCGACGAGCAUUCCCCGAUCUCUUCAUCGUCGCCGACGUCUGCCUCUGCGAAUACACCUCACACGGCCAUUGCGGUAUCCUCAAGGAGGAUGGGAGCUUGAACAAUGCAUUGUCAGUGGAGCGAAUUGCGGAUGUGGCGCUGUCGUAUGCCAACGCCGGCGCGCAUUGCGUUGCGCCUUCGGACAUGAACGACGGUCGCAUACGCGCCAUCAAGCUGAGGCUCAUCGAAGCCGGCAUCUCGCACCAGGUCGUGCUAAUGUCGUAUGCCGCCAAGUUCUCAGGAUGUUUAUACGGUCCCUUCCGCGACGCUGCAGGCUCAGUGCCCUCGUUUGGCGACCGAAGAUGCUACCAAUUACCUCCCGGCGGCCGUGGUCUGGCACGACGAGCCAUUGUCAGAGAUAUUGGUGAGGGUGCGGACAUCAUCAUGGUCAAGCCUGCGAGCCAGUACCUCGACAUUAUCAGCGAUGCGAAGGAAAUUGGCAAGGACAUGCCCAUUGCAGCAUACCAGGUGUCUGGAGAAUACGCUAUGAUCCACGCUGCCGCAGCUGCAGGUGUGUUCGACUUGAGGCAGAUGGCGGAAGAGGCUACGCAGGGCAUACUCCGAGCGGGAGCUUCAAUAGUGGUCAGCUACUUCACGCCAGAGUUCCUAGACUGGUUGGGUAACUAG